CCAUCUCCCAUCAGGUUUCCCAAUUUCAGAGUUUUCUUUUUCGUUCGUCGUGUGCGUGUUGCGUUGCCCUCGUGUUACACUGCAAUUAUUUCCCCCAAUUCGACUGACUCCGCUGACGAAGUGAGCCAGUGCAGGCGAAGAAGCCCCGGGAUCCGAGAACCCCCAACCGAGUCACCAGCGAGCAGCCUCUGCGCUCCGAUUUCCAAGUGCCCUUGGCAACAAGUAAUUCUGCCCCUCGCCCCCCGAAUUCUCAGCGAAGUCUCUGGAGAAAUGCAGAACGGAAAGCCGAGAUCUGCGGCCAGGCCGUCCUACCACCGCCGUCCCAGAUCGGGAGUGCCCAGUUCCACACCCGCGGAGCAUCCUGCGACCAAGCAGGAGACCCCCGAGAACCAAACGGUGGGCAUCGACGACAAUGCCUGCGUGGUGUGCUUCAAGAAUGUGGACAUCUACUCCAUCGGGGACUGCGACCACCCCGUCUGCUACGAGUGCUCCACGCGGAUGCGGGUGCUGUGCCAGCAGAACGAGUGCCCCAUCUGCCGGCAUGUCCUUUCUAAGGUUCUCUUCACCCUGGAGAAGCUGCCCUAUCGCGAACUGGAGGCCAACAACCGCUCCGACUUCUACAGCAAGAAGUACCGCAUCGGCUUCUGCAGCGCCGAGAUUCAGCAGCAGUUCUUCAAGCUGCUCGACCAUCCCUGUCCCAAAUGCGACUCCCCUCCGUAUAGAACCUUCCAGGGCCUUCGGAACCACGUGCGCAGCGAGCACAGCCUGCUGUACUGCGACCUCUGCGUGGAGACGCUCAAGAUCUUCACCUUCGAGCGCCGCUGCUACACGCAGGCGGAGCUGCAGCUGCACAACACCAAGGGCGACCCGGACAACCGGUCGCACCGCGGCCACCCGCUGUGCGAGUACUGCAAGAAGCGCUACUUGGACCGCGACGAGCUGUUCCGGCAUCUGCGGCGCGAGCACUACUUCUGCCACUUCUGCGACGCCGACGGCUGCAACGAGUUCUACAACGACUACGCGGACUUGGCCGACCACUUCCGGCAGGAGCACUUCCUCUGCGAGGAGGGCAAGUGCGCCACCGAGCAGUUCGUGGGCGCCUUUCGCAACGAGAUCGAGUACAAGGCUCAUGUGGCGAAUGUGCAUGGCAAGUCGCUCAACAAGCAGCAGGCCAAGCAGACGCGCACGUUGCAGCUGGAGAUUACUUUGGGACCGCGCGGACGCAGCGGACAGACGGAGCAGGGCAUAGCCAAUAUGAGAGCGAGGAACGAGGAGCACAACGACUACCUGGAUGAGUUGCCCUCGAGCAGCCAGCGCCAUGUGAGCAUCGAUGCCGGCAACGAGGAGCAGUUCCCCACUCUGCGGGGCGCUUCCACGGCGCCCAGCGUGUCGCUGGUUAGACCGCCGCCGCCCUCGAUGCGCAAUCUCAGCGGCACCUCGGGUCUGGCGCGGACCAAAGAGAAUUUCCCGGCCCUGGGAGGGGGAAACGGAGGUGGCCCAGCUGGCGCACCCAGCAGCCUGGCCGCCAGAGCUGCCCAGUCGCAGCAUCCCGUGGCAGCCGUUUUCAAGAAACCCACCACCGCCAGUCGCAGUGGAGCAGCCAGCAAUGGAAUGCUCCUGCAUGUCUCCAAUCGUCCAGCAGCAGCAGCUGCAGCUGCUCCGAAAAAAGCCAACGCACCGCAGCUCGACUUUCCCGCCUUGCCGGGCAAGGGAAACAAGAAGAACCUGCGCAACCUGGAGGAGGACAUGCUGCCCAGCGGCUCUGCUGUGCCCAUGACGAAUAUUUCCGCCAAGCACCGGUCGCUGGCCGACGACUACGUGUCGGUGGCCAAUCCGAGCACCUUCCACAAGCUGCAAAUGGUGCAGAAGGAGGAGGACGAGGCCAAGGCGCGCCAGGAGGCGCUGAAGAAGAGUGCGCCCAAGCUAACUGCUUCUGAAUUUCCCAGCCUGGGCCCAAGUGCCAGUGGAUCCAGCCGACCGAGUGCCUCCUUGAACUGGUCCAAGCCAACCAACGAGAAGAAGCAGCGGGAGCUGGAGAACCGCAAGGCCAAGGUGGCACCUGCACCGGUUCUGCCCACACCUACAGCUAGACCAGCUCCCAAGGCCACAAACAACAAUGUCCAGGAGCAGCAGGCAAACAAGAAGGAUAAGAAACCCAAGGAUAAGAAGAAUAAUCAGGAGAAUCAGCCCAAUCAGCCGAAAACGGGCAAGCAGAAGGAGAAGAACAAUAACAACGAACCGAAGGCGAAUGGAGCUCCUCCCACGCCAAUUCGUGCGCCUCCUGGCUUGGGAUCUGGCGGACCGCUCAAGCCACCACCCGGAUUCGUGUCCAAUGUGACGGUCAACUCGGUGGCCAAGCUGCCCAACAAUCUCACGUUCACCAGUUCGCUGGGCGAGUCCUAUAACAUUGUACCUAGCUCGUAUAGCUACACCGAUCCACCAGAUACAGGAUCUAGGAAUCAGAAAUUGGUGGACCAGGUCAUGGAGCUACUCAAGACCCCAGAGGCAUUGAACGAAUUUCGCAUGCUGUCGUCCAAGUUCCGGGACGGAUCCUGUUCCGGACAGGCGUAUUACGAGCACUGCCAGUGCGCCAUGCUGAGUUCCUUCAACAACCUGUUUCCGGAGCUGCUGGCCAUGCUGCCAGAUAUAAGCAAGCAACAGGAACUCUAUCUAGUGCACAAGCAACACUUGAACAGCCUUUCGCCCGCCCAGCGCAAAUCCGUGCCCACUCUGGAGGUUUGCAAGGUCUGCAAGCAGGUCCUCAUCACCGCCGACUUGCAGGGCCACCAGCAGGCCCAUGAUUUAACCAAGAACUUUCCCGUGCUCGGAAGCUCGGCUUCCAAUCGCAACUGA